AUGUCCAAACUCAUCGUCAUAAUCGGCAUAACCGGCAACCAAGGUUCCUCCGUCGCCCACACCUUCCUCUCCUCCUCAUCCCCAACCUGGCGCAUCCGCGGCCUAACCCGCAACCCCACGUCGGCCACGUCCCAGCACCUCUCCUCCCUCGGCAUCGAAAUGGUCCAAGCCGACCUACACGACCCGUCCACCCUCAGCGCCGCCUUCUCGGGCGCAAACCUCAUCUUCAGCGCCACCGACUUCUGGACCCCGUUCUUCACGCCUUCCAACGGCGCCCGCGCCGCCGAGCGCGGCGUGUCCAUCGGGCAGCUGGCGUUCGAGCUGGAAGCCGAGCAAGGACGGAAUAUCGCAGAUGCGGUAGCCAAGGUGGUAGGCGGGCUGGAUGACGUCGGCUUUGUGGCGAGUACGCUGUGUAAUGCGCGGGAGAGCAGUGGCGGCAAGUAUCACGAGUUGUGGCAUUUUGAUGCAAAGGCCCAGGUGUUUCCAGGCUAUGUGACCGAGAAGUAUCCAGAGCUGGCGCGGAAGACGAGUUACUUGCAUACGGGAUAUUUCUAUACGAGUUGGAGGUAUAUGCCUAACCGGUGGUUUGCAAAGUUGCCUGAUGGCUCGGUUCAGAUGCAGUCUCCGACGUCUCCGGAUACGCUGAUACCGCAUCUCAAUCCCCGGACAGAUGUUGGACCUUUUGUACAAGCUAUGUUGCAAUUGCCUCCAGGGUCGACGGUUAUGGCUGCGAGCGAAUGGUGCACAUGGCCGGAUUGGAUCAAGACUUGGGGUGAGGUGACUGGGGUUAAGACCAGUUACAAGCAAGUUAGCGUCGAAGACUUUGACAAGGAAAUACCAGGAGGUGCGGGUAAGGAAAUUGGAGAAAUGUUUGAGUUUUCGAGUACUUGGGGGUACAAUGCAAAUCAAAAAGAUACGUUGAUGACGUGGGAUUUGGAAAAGAUGGGUGUACACGUCCCAACAAUAAGCUUGAAGGACUAUUGUAAAAAGGAAGAUUGGGUUGCAGCGGGCAUAUUGGCCCCCUGA